AUGUAUAGUUCAAAAACAGGUGAGAUGCUUAACGUAAAAUACGAUGAAGACAAAGUGUUUAUGAUUUGUAUGAUAGUGCAUUGGAAAGAUGAUUCUGAACCGUUAAAACAAAUCUGUCUUGUCGAUGUUGAAACAGCGUCAGAGCCAGACCCAGACAUAUAUGUAGGCUUUAAUAAUUCUCAAUACAAUUGGUGGUUUAUUGUAGAGAAAGCUAAUAAAUUAGGAGUUCUUGAAUGGAUGUUUAAUCAUAUUUCAUUCAAGCCAUUGAGAUGCGUAGCUAUUGACGGCAUUAAAGAGCUAGAUUCCAUAUCAGCCAAACAAAUACGCGAAGUAGCCAAAUAUUAUAUUAUCGACGCUCUUAGUUGCCAGCGGUUAAUAGUAAAGUAUAAUGCAAUUAAUAAGUAUAGAGGGGUGGCAUUUGUAGCCUUCUUAUCAUUAUUUGAUGCACAUUAUUUUGCGGGAGGUAUGAAGGUUUGCAAUCUUUUAAGUGCUAGUGCAUGGCAAAGAGGGAUCCUAACCAAUAUGAUUUCAAGACAACAAACCAAAACUAGAAAAUACCCUGAAGCCUAUAUUUUCCCACCAGUAAAGGGUCUUGAAAAUAAAUAUCCGUCUCUGAGAGACAGCGGUAAAAAGCUUCAUGAAAUUAAUUUCAAAUUCAAUAGUAAUAAUAUUCUUGCAUGGUCUAUAAAACAUAAUAAUAUUCCUGAAGAAAAGG